GUUAGAAUGUGGUGAGAAGGUGUAGAGAUUCAAUAUGGCAAUCAGAUAUGACUUUUAUCACCUAAAAAUGAUCUCUUUUAUUGUAGUAAUAGAUUGGGAAAAAUGGAGAGUGGACUUGCAGUUAUUUAAUCUUGAGGAACUGUGUAGCCUUAGUGGAUACAUAAUGGAAGUGUCUGAGAUUUGCACAAUAAGGGACCUGAGACCAUUAAAAGUGUAAGGUCAUCGGAUGAAAUUUAUUGAUAUGAAUCUUAGCAGAUCGGCUCAAGAAAAUGGUUAUAUCUUCGAUAGACUAAGAUUUAGUAGGUUUUGUUUUAUAAAUUGGGAUGUAAGUCCUAAUUCAAAAAAAUAAUUAAGAGAUUAAAAACGAAAUAGCGCAAUAAAAGCGUAUUUUUGAUAUGUCU